AUGUUCUCAUUCCCUUUAGGCUCUGUCCAAAGUCUGGCUUUCUCUCCAUGUGGGCGAUACCUGGCCAGCGGAAGCUGGUGUGGGACAGUCUGCAUCUGGGAUCUGGCUGCUGGCACUCAACUAGGCCAGCUAGGUGGCCAGGCUGACUACCAUUCUACUGGCUAUCGUGGUAGGUCAUCUCUCGGCUCUAGUCGGUUGGCGGACGAGACUACUGGUCUUGGAGAAGCUGACUUAACAGCUCCGAGCGUCCUUUCAGGGCCUGUAGUUAGUCUGGCCUUUUGUCCUGUGGUUCCAGGAGGGGCAGCCACCGGCUAUUUAGCAGCAGGCAGUUUAGAGGGUGCCGUGCGAAUCUGGGACACUGGGACCGGCCGAACCAGGACGACUCAUAUCGCAGACACUCAAACUUCAGUUGUGAGUAUCGCUUUAAUCAUAUACUUUAGCUUGUAUUCUUUCUCCAAUUUAAAAAACAUUCUAUCACAAAUCAGAAGGCUCUAA